AUGGCAGCGAGCUUGGCAGCGAGCCGAGACAGCGCGGGCGAGAUCGACCUCUCGGAGUUAACGAUCAAAGACGCUCGGCACAUGCGCAUCACAACGUCAUCUCCGAAGACGUACGAGAGCAAUCUCAACCAGGUAAAGAAGUGGGUGCGCGAGGAGUACGAGGAGCUCGGUCUCCUGGAGCCGUGCUCAUUCGACGAAGUCAAGGACGGCUGGACGAUUGACCUCCGCGCAUUCGAGUACGACGACUGCCACCCGAAAAAAUCCGAUCACAAUUCAAUUUCAAGCCACGUCAUGAAGAAGCAGGAAGAUGGGACACUGGAGGUCUGUACCUACAAUGGCGUAUGCGUACGCCGCUACCGUGACCUCAACGUCGUUGCGUGCAUCAUGUGUUGGAAGAAAAUGAAGUCGGAAGCCGCGGUUACCGUGGCGCCCCAAGUCGACCACGAAGCCAGCGCAGGUGUGACGACCCGACGCAGGGCCAACAACGGGGGCGUGCGCUCAUAUGCGCUUCGCGAAGAGCUGCGCGAUUUGCAAGCGACUCUCCGCCAGCAGCUCCGCGAGUGUGAAUUCGGGCGUAUGAACGAUGGCGUGUACCAGACGCAAGAGCUCAAGAUUGGCCAGGGCACGGCAACCGUAUGUCCUAGCGCGGAGCAAACGACUUCCAAACGGCAGCAAGUACUGGCACUCUACAAGUAG